UGCCGUUAGCUCCGCGUAGGCCGAGAUUGUCCUGCCAAUCUGUCCAAUCAGAGUUUACUGACAGGGUGGAAGUUGAUGGUCGCUACGUCCUCAUACAAAACCGUGUGUCAGUCAAAGUUGUGGCGUGGAGACUCGAACAACCCGACAACUUUAGCUAACUUUCUUUUAGUGACGAAGAAGUUUUUGCGGCACGGACACAAUGUCCCCCAACGGUUGGAGGUGAAUGGAGUGACACGGUAUGAGAAAAUAACCUCACAUUGUACCUUUGUGCUCGGCUACAGUUGUGUCCGACACUGCUGUAAUCCAUGAAUGGCAACACCGACUACCGCUUCUGCUUCGUGUAAUAUUUCUAGCAUGCCACGCAGGCAGCUAACUUCUCCAAAGACAAGAAAACUUUGCCCACAGCUCAGAAGUGGCCCACACAGUAUGAUACUUUGACGUUUUGUAUGUUUUCGCGUGGAUUUCCUUUUUUUAAAAAAGCCGAGAAUGAUGAAGGUGAGGAGAUACUUGAGGGGGAGUGGGAGGGUACUCGCGUUUGUGUUCAUAGCCUCUGUCAUUUGGCUGCUGCUCGACAUGGCAGCACUCAAGUUAUCAAUAAACGAUGUGAACAGUCAGCUGCUGAAGGAGAAAGUGAUAAGAGAGAGGGAGAUUUUUAAACAGCAGCAGUUCAGGGUGACCCAGGGGAUGAGAAGGGGGUUCAAGCACCCAGUUCAGAGGGUGGACUUUGAUGUUACACAUGCUGGGAAAGGACCACUUAGCUCAAGCGUCAAACUGGCCCAAGUAUACAGACAUGGAGGUAAGAUACAGAAUCAAAUUUUAGAGGAUAACAAAGUGGACUCUUUUCAUAACCAAGGAGAUGACCACCCUAAACCUGCUGCUAAUGAACAUAAAGAUGGACCUGCCUUACAGCAUGUCACACCAAAGCAGGAUGUUCCUGCACAGAAAAAAGCCGUAAACCUGGAUGUGAAUGGGACAAAAGUAGAGAAAAGUAGAGCUAUGGAUGGCUCUAUUAAAGUGGUGUUACCUGUAGUAGUGCCUAAUGCAACUCUAGUGCCUCCUGGUGCUCAGGAAAACGAACAUGCUCCCCUGCCACCCGUCAACACGGGAGACAUUGUACAAAACGCUCAGGACAAAGCUGAUUCAAAAGGCAAGGAUGACCCUGAGAGCAAGACUGGGACAAAAGUGAGUCAGCUUCCACACCCUGGUAACACAACAUCUAAACCUCAAAUCAAGGAUGCAGAACAAAAGGUUUUAGAUAAUAAAACAGAGGAGAAACAUGACCUAAAGGCAGCGAAGGAAACCCCCAAACCUGCAAUCAAGCUCCAAGCAGCAGAGGGCUCCAAGGAUAACGCCACUGCCGUCAGAAAACCAGGUGUCCACAAAGUGCUCGCUCUGGAUGUGACGAACGCACCCAGAGAUGCCAACGCAGUGGGCCAGUUUGGUCAGGCAGCAGUUGUGGCCUUUAACGAAGAUAUUGAAGUGAAGAAGAGAUGGGACGAAGGGCAUUUUAAUGUCUACCUGAGUGACAAGAUCCCGGUCGACCGUGCCAUCCCAGACACCAGGCCUGAUAUGUGUGCGCAGAGCCUGGUCCAUGAUAACCUGCCCUCCACCAGUGUGAUUUUCUGUUUUGUGGAUGAAGUGUGGUCCACGCUGCUUCGCUCUGUGCACAGUGUGCUCAACAGAUCGCCACCACACCUCCUUGAAGAGAUCAUUCUGGUGGAUGAUUUCAGCACCAAAGACUAUCUGAAGGAGCAGUUAGAUACAUACAUGUCCCAGUUUCCCAAAGUGCGAAUCAUCCGCCUGAAGGAGCGGCAGGGCCUGAUCAGGGCCAGGCUGGCCGGAGCCGCUGUAGCCAAAGGUGAGGUACUCACCUUCCUUGACUCCCACAUUGAGUGUAACGUGGGCUGGCUGGAGCCGCUGCUUGAGAGAGUUUAUCUGGAUCGCAAGAAGGUGCCCUGCCCAGUUAUUGAAGUCAUCAGUGAUAAGGACAUGAGUUAUAUGCUGGUUGACAACUUCCAAAGAGGUAUUUUCAAAUGGCCUUUGGUGUUUGGCUGGAGCGCACUGUCAGACGAGUACAUUAAGAAGAACAACAUGAGCAUCUCAGAUCCCAUAAAAUGUCCAGUUAUGGCCGGAGGCCUGUUCUCCAUAGACAAAAAAUACUUCUAUGAGCUUGGUGCCUAUGAUUCUGGCCUGGACGUAUGGGGUGGGGAGAACAUGGAGAUUUCUUUUAAGAUCUGGAUGUGUGGAGGGGAAAUAGAGAUUAUCCCCUGCUCUCGAGUGGGACACAUCUUCCGUGGACAGAAUCCUUACAAGUUCCCCAAAGACAGGCAGAAGACAGUGGAGCGUAACCUAGCGAGGGUGGCAGAGGUCUGGCUGGACGAGUACAAGGACCUCUUCUACGGCCACGGCUACCACCACCUGCUGGAUAAAAAGACCAUUAACAUCGGCAACCUCACUGAGCAGAUUGAGCUGAGGAAGAGGCUCAAAUGCAAGAGCUUCAAGUGGUACCUGGAGAACGUGUAUCCAGAAAUGAAUGCUCCUUUAGCUAAAGCCGAAGGCCUGGUUUUUAAUCGUGGUUUAAGAAAAUGCCUCAGUCUGCAGAAAGGCUCCUUGUCGUUUGAGACGUGUGAUCUCAGCAAGCAGAGUCAGCACUUUAAUUACACCUGGAUGAGGCACGUUCGCCAGCAAGAUCUAUGUGUCGCUCCCCACGGCAAGGGCGACGGCUUCAUUUUACAAUUAUGUGACAACACCAAGCCCGAACACCGUUGGUUUCACAAAUCCUCCAACUCCGCUCUGGCGGAGCACCUCAUAGCAGAGUACAUUUCCAACCACAUGUGCCUGGAGGCGGGGCCUCAGGGCGACACUCUCCACCUCAAUCCGUGUGAAACCAGAAACGCCUUCCAAAAGUGGCAGUUCACACACUACCACGCUUAGUGAUGAGACUGAAACGUGUCAAACAUGCACUAUAGAGACCUUUAGUGGCUUCACACUACAGCACGGUCUGCGGUCCAGACUCAGCACACGACUGUCCGGAGGAGGUGGGAAGCACUUUGGUGACAGUGACGUGUGGUGUAACGCACAGGGUGUGGGGAUGUGCAAUGCUUCUCUUUGUAUCAUAUCAGCAUGGACUGACCUUGAGUUUUAAGUGCCAGAGGAAAGAGAGUGUCUUCUCUCUGUUUAGGAAGAUUUGGACCGGAGUUUGCUAAAGGGAUUCAGGUGAACGUCUGCGCAAGAACACUCCAAAUUGAGAGCAACAUAUCGUCUCACUGCCAAAGAUUAACUGUGCCUCUUAGAUAUGAAACGUAAAAAAGUGAUUUUUCCUUUUUGUUUUUUCUCUGCUGGGACCGAAUCAUAAGUUAAAUUGCAUGUAAUGUACAUUGUAUACAUUUGUAUUAAACAUAUCACAUAUUUUCGGUGAGACAUCUGUUGUAGGUGUCACAUAUUUUUACGUUUGAAGAGGCACAUGGGUGAAACAGCUGCUUCAAUGAUUUUAAAUGCUGCAUAAUUUAGGUGUAGGUGUUGUACAGACUGUCUCCUUUGUAUGAUUUUUUUUCUUGACACUAGAGGGAAGUGUUUGCUCGGAACAUAAAAUAAACCUGUGCUGUGAUAUCAUGAUUUUGUGGCCUGUUAUCA